AGGCGCGUCGCAGCACUCCCAAGGCCAGCCCCGCACCAACUCGGCAACUUCCCCUCUGCACUCCCAUCCCGCGGCCGCAGCCAGCCCGGCACCAUCAGUGAGGUGGGUGGGUAGGUGGUUGCCUCCUCCUCCCGCGCGCCUCUGCUCCCGUUCGCGGUGAUGGCGCCCACGCUCCCGCACUGAGCCCUCUUCUCUCCCCGUCGCGGAGCGCCGGCCACGGUGGUGGUAGGUGGCAGCAGGGGGGAGGCUGUGUGGGCCGAGAGUCCAGGCCGGAUCUCGGCGCGGAUCUGAGCCGCUCGAGCCCGUGGGUGGGGAUGGAGGACGGCGAUCGCGACGGUGCUGCCCCGGCGGCCCCGGCGGCGAAUGGGAUGGAAGGGGAGGACUACGUCGUCGUGAAGGCCGGCGAGGUGGCUGCGGAGGGGGAAGGCGGCGGUCAGGGGGAUCUCGCCGGCGGGGAGGCCGCGGCGGGUGGAUCUGAGGCCGCCGUAACGGCGGCGGCGGAGGAGCCGGCCCCGGCCACGGCGCCGACCAAGAAGGGUGGAUCCGGGGACGCAGCCGGCGGCGGGGCGCGGAAGAGGAAGGUGCAGAACGGCAAGGUGGCCGCCACCGCCACCUCUGCCCCAGCAAAGGGGAAGAAGCUCCCCGGGGUUCUUUCGCAGAGCGCCUCCUUCCCGGCGCCUGGGCCAGCCGGCCCCAAGAAGGACAGUGCUGUGGCGGCUGCGCCGAAGCAGGCGAAGCCGGAGGGGAAGGGUGCGGUGGCCAAUGGAUCAGAAGCGACAGCUGGACGGGUGGUGGAGAAUAAGGUGAAUUCGGCUCGGACGCCUGUUGCUCGCCGGUCGUUGCCUGUCAAGUCUGGAUCAGUGGAUGUGCCUCCAAAUGACGCUUCUCCUGAAUUCCAAGAGUCACAGGGGAACACCGCCAAACCAUUGAAACAAACGCAGCCAGAGAAAACAGAGGAUGAUGUGCGCUCCACCACGUCAAGUACCAAUACUCCCCGUACAGCAGCUCGCAAGAGUGCUGCUGCUGGUUUUAGUUUCAGAUUGGAGGAGCGUGCUGAGAAGCGGAGGGAGUUCUUCCAAAAGCUUGAAGAGAAAAUCCAUGCAAAGGAGCUUGAACAAACGAAUUUACAGGAAAAAUCUAAGGAGAGCCAAGAGGCUGAGAUCAAGCUGCUUAGGAAGAGCCUGACAUUUAAAGCGACACCUAUGCCAAGCUUUUACAAGGAGCAGCCUCCUAAAGUUGAGUUGAAAAAGAUCCCCCCAACGCGUGCUAGGUCACCAAAGCUUGGGCGGCACAAGCCAGCCAGUUCUGCUACUGCUGCUUUAGCAGAUGGUUCUGUAUCAUGUGAGAGCCCACGGAGCACAGUGAAUUCAGGCAAGGUAAAUGAAGUUUUUGAAAACAACAAACCUCGGGUUCCUGCUAGGAAACCUGCUCAGAAAUCAGUCACAAAAACUCCAUCCCAAGUGGCUGCCACCGCAAGGGCUGAAACAAGACCCGUGGUUACAAAGCCAAAAACCUCGAACUCGAAACCUAAGGUUUCAAGAGCAAAGGUUGCGCAAGUGCAGGACAGCCCAGCUGAAGUUCCCCCAUCAGAAGCUCGUGCUCCAGAGAAGCUCACUGUCGAACACGGUGUCGAAGAAGCAAUAGGACUUGAUCUGUCCGCCCCAUUGGUUGCUUCGAGUGAGGUUCCAGUCCAUGGUUGAUUGAUUGCACAUUUUGCUAUUUAUUUCCUCCUUGCAGUUCUGUGAAUAGUGAGAGUGUGUGCUUCAUUGAAAGUUGAAUCGCUCAUGGUGUCUUAUCGUUUCCGUAGUAGACAUCCUUUUUUUUGUUUCAGCUUUGUCGUUGAGCAUGCCAUGUAUAUUGCUUGAUAAUUUGUUCAUGUUUAAAUUUCUCAAUCUUGUGUAUAUUGAAUUUGUAUGUCAGUGGACAUCCUAGGAUUGUUGCAGGACAUAAAUGCAACAUGUGGAUUAUUUUGUGGUAUAAGUUGAUGUUCCGUGUCCUUUUUA